UUUUUUUUUUUUUUUUGCACAACUCUUUUUUUCCUUCUUUUUUCUUUCUUUUUCUUCUUUCGCAUACGACGCUAUAAACGAAGUUCUUUUUUGUUUGUUUGUGGUAACCAAGACAACUAGCAACCAGCACAACAGCAACGAGCCUAUUCCCCUUAAUUUUUUUUUUUUUGACAACAAGAGAGAAUGAGUUCAUCUCUUAGCAUGUUUCAACAUAAAAUCCAACCUCGCUCUUCAGCCGAAAGAGACAAUAGUUUUUUAUUGCAUUCUGCAUUGAAGGCAGCUUCCACCGAUAUAGCGCAUCGAUUAUUGGAUUAUGCUUCUUUGGAUAAGAUGGAUUGUGAGGCAAGCUGUAUUUUAAUUUCCCUGGCUAAUCAUGAGCCUUCUUCACCCAAAAAUCAUGACUUGGAGCCGAAAAAGAAUAUGAAGGAAGAAACAGUAGUUGAUCAGCCCAUUGUAGUAGAAGAGAAAAAAGUGCAUGUCGCACCAACAUCAAAAACCGAUCCAAUCAUGCUUUUGAUGGCAGCAGCCAAAGUAGUGGAUGGUAAUGAUUUAAAGAUGGAAAGAAAGAAGAGACAUUCUCACCAGCGAUCGAUGGAUCGUGAGGCUUAUCCUAACGGGAGAUAUUACCUUAAACAAAACAACAAACGAAUACGUACAAGCCCACCUUCACCUGCUCCUACUAACACUACUCAUUACAAAGUAGACACGUGGCAGAAGACAAAGGAGUAUCCUGACAACAGUUUUUCAAGGCAGUAUCAUUCCAUGAAACAAAACCCAAAAGUCAAACAAAAUGCCUUGCAUACGUAUAUCACUUAUAUGAUUUACAAUGACUUGGCUCAUGGAAAUACAAGACAAACAUAUAACACAUCAUCAACGACAACAUCAACCAAAGCAACAACGACAACAACAACAAUUACGACACCACCUGUUUAUAAUAAUAUGACCACCAAAUACCAACAAAAGCCAUCUUUAUCCUCUUCUACUUCUUCCGCUGCCACAUCCGCCACGAUAGCAACACCGAUGGAAUCACCAUGGUAUCAUCAUGACGAUCGAUCCAUUCUGGCCAGACCUUUAACUGCUUUUUUAUGGAACAACGAAACAUCAUCGGCCAAUUCAUUGGAUGCCGGCCGAAAAGACAUGAUGAUCUUACCUCCUCUUUCUUCCAAUCCAAGACCUUCACCCUCCAUCAGUACAUAUGACAGAUUACCGCCUGUCUAAACCAAAACUCAAGAGAAGCAAAAAAAAAAAAAAAAAAAAAA